AUGGACGCACGUGGGACGUACGGAGAGGACAUGGUUGCAGCAACGCGUCACACUUCUGUGCCUGAAGGAGACGAAGAAGAGCAACCGGCCUCGCACAUUUCAGUGACGCCCUCUCUGCUCUUAGUUAGAGAACAGUCCGCAAUUGACGAUGCCGACAACGCUCAGGCGCAGGCCGAAGAUGAUGAAAAUGACAUCAUAUCACAAGCACUUCGAUAUGCAGGUGUCGAACCUCAAGCACAGCCAACCGCAACACCUAGUGACACGAAUGAGGAGUACGAUGCAUACUCUCAGUUCCACAUGUGUCCAAGCAUCAACAAUGCAAUGGCGAGCAUCAUCGCACCCACCCUUGCCAAUCAAUCCAUACGAAUAGUGGUACUUCCUUCCUACACCUCCGUUGCUUCCGCUGCUCCACCUCCAGUCACCCCACCGCCGCCUCCGUCUACGCAUCCUGUCCUCCCAUUCCCUCCUCGAUCAGAUGGGUCGCUUGCUAUGGUGCAUCCUCGUGCCAUCGGUGGUAGGAAAAGAGCCCAUUUGGAGCAGAUUCAUCCGCAAAUCGUGAAGUACAUGCGCUUCCCCAAUGUCAAUCACGAUACUGCUGUGUCUGUUGCCGUCGCCACUGCCUGUGCUGCCGCCGAUGCUAACACUCAUCCACAUCUUCCCCUCGAGACUCGUGGCCGCUCAUCUCGCCAACGGAGGCGUCUGAACAGACUGAGUCAUUGA